UAUAUAUAUAGAAAUUGCAAUAUGCUUCUUGUAACAGUUCACAGCAUUACUGCACCUAAUAGAAAUGUCUGUUAGUAGUAUUGGAGUUCACAGCACUGUUGUUUUCUAAAAAUCCAACGUCACUAAUAGCAAUUGCAUCAUCAAAAUUUGGAGUUGGCGCACGCUAUCCGUCUUCCACCGACAAUUUAGAUUCCAAGCACGUCUGUGUUUGUUAGGCACGUCACAAAGUGACGUAGGGAUCAAUCACGGCUGUUUUAAAAUGUAUUUAUUUUGUGUCCAGUUCCAGCAUUUGUCCACAAAGUAAAUUAUAGAUCCAGUGCAAAUUAAAUCAAUUAGUGGAAAGGGGAGCGAUUCUCUUUGAUUCAAAACUACUGCACAGGUAUGUAUUUGUCAAAAACAGUAGGGUAGUUAAUUUAGGCUGAAAAAUAACAACUUUUGGAGUAACUAGGUUCCAAGUGUCAAAUAUAUGUCCACUUCUAUGAAUACAAAGCUUUAGUGCAAACGUAAGCAAAACAAAAAGUGAACUCCUCUGCCAUUUAUCGCUAUGCAACUGACAACACGGAACCACCGCGUAAAACAGUUUCUCAGUGCUCUAAAUAAACAGCCUGUCUAACCCAUGGCCUUUAAAAUAACGACAGCCACGUAUGCUGAGUGUUUCUGAAAACAAAUCUUAAAACACUCACUCAGAAAAUUGUAUUCUAUUUUGAUCACGUAUUCACUUCAUCAAUUAACAAUAAAUAUAUACAUAUAUAAUUAAACGUGAUUAGGUCUUCUAUUGUCAAACACACGAAAACAGUAACAACAAUCUACUUGAAACAAAUAGAAAAGUUUAUAGUCGCGUUUAUCAACACUAACUCUGACCUCUCGAUAAACCCAACAUCUGUUAAACGUUCCUUUCUGCUUGUAUCUUCCUUUGCCCUUGCAAGUCAACAACAGCAGCGGCUGUUAAAAUCUCCAGUUAUUGAUCCCUUAUCAUCAAGUCCGUUCCAAACGUCCCCCCUCGGAAAGGACGCACCGGCUCCUGAAGUCCUAACAGUUGUUUCUUUCAGAAUGUUCCAUAUCCGUAUAUUUUGUUUCUGGUUAAAACGUAAUAGUCCAAACGAAACCCGGGCGAUUGCUCUCCAUCUCGGUUACAGAAAGGAAAACACAAAUGAAAACAUUAUUUUAACAUUUCGCUCCAGCACAAAGGCGUCCUGCCCUGGGAAAUCAGCACGGCAUUUAUUUUUUUUUCUAAAAAGGGCAGUGCAAUGGACGAACUCAGCCAGGCCCUCUCCGCCAGCUUCUCGGUCUCUCAGGAGCCCAACAGCACGUCGGCACCCCACCCUCGCCUUGCGCAGUACAAGUCCAAAUACAGUGUGCUGGAGCAGAGCGAGCGACGCCGCAGGUUCCUGGAGCUGCAGAAAUCGAAAAGGCUGAAUUAUGUAAACCACGCAAGAAGGCUGGCAGAUGGUGACUGGACAGGAGCAGACAGCGAUGAAGACCAGGUGGAGGAAGAGGAAUCAGAGGAGGGGAUGGAGAUUGGGGAGAAGAAGAAACUGCCAAAACACUAUGCCAAUCAGCUGAUGCUGUCGGAGUGGUUGGUGGACAUCCCCUCGGACCUGGCCACUGAGUGGCUAAUGGUGGUCUGUCCUGUUGGGAAGAGGUCUCUUAUCGUGGCAUCCAAGGGUUCAACUGCAGUCUAUACGAAAAGUGGCUACUGUGUGAACCGCUUCCCUUCCCUGUUGCCAGGUGGAAACCGGUGCAACUCUGCCAUGGGAAAAGAUUACACCAUCUUGGACUGUAUCUUCAGUGAAGUGGACAGGACAUAUUAUGUCUUAGAUGUCAUGUGCUGGAGAGGACACCCUGUGUAUGACUGCCAGACAGAGUUCCGAUUCUAUUGGCUCCAGUCGAAAAUGCAGGAGGAGGAGGCGAAGCUCGCAGAAAUAACCAAGAUCAAUCCGUUCCGGUUUGUUAGUCUACAAAGCGUCCCGUGCUCGGCUGCAUCCAUCUGUCAGGCCUUCGCUGCGGAGUACAGCUUCCAGGUGGAUGGCCUCUUGUUCUAUCACAGACAGACGCACUACACUCCUGGCAGCACCCCUCUGGUGGGCUGGCUGAAAUCCUAUAUGGUGCCAGACAUUCUGGGCCUGAAGGUGCCGGCUGGGCCUCUGACAGCUAAACCGGACUACGCAGGACAGCAGCUGCAGCAGAUUCUGGUGUAUAAGAAGGGGCCGCGCUCGGGGGAGGUGAGGCCGGGAGCAGAGAACGGAAGUUACGAGCUGGAGCACCUGUCUACUCCGCAGCAGCCAAGGGAGAAGACUGACACUCCGGGCAAAAUGGACACAACCCAAUCUAAAACCUAAACCCAGUUUACCUUCUCGUCAUUGUCUUUUCAAGGGUGACGAUUUACAAAAUUGUCACUUACAACAUACUGUGUAUCAGUUGCAGCUUUCAGCUUGCAAUCACUGUGAAGCUGCUGUUUCAGAGUACUUUGCUUUUUUCUUCGUGUCUGUUUUAAAGGAUUAAAUGAUACACAGGGCUAGAACAGAUUGAAGAUCUGCUUGUUUUAACAUCGAGCAGACGGUGCACAGGUAGUGCAUUUAUUUUGCUACCUGUUCAAUUACUGGCAACCUUACAGUUUCAGAUCAGAUAUUGAGUGAACUGAGGUGCAAAGAAAUACUGUUUUGGUAAAUUGGGUCAAGAUGCACAGUAGUGGUAUGAACCUGUGGUGAAUCUCCCUCUUGCAGCAUGCAAUUAAGAAGGAAACUGAGUUUGCAGAACUCAUGUGUUCACUUGUAGGCCAAAUAUCAGAUUUUGUUGACCCUGAUAUGGUUUUUAGAAUUGCAUUUAUAUAACUGUUAAAAGGAGGGGAAAGAAACAGUGUAAAGUUACAGGAACACACAGGAUAGAACUUUAAUUACUGAGAUCUUUAGUUGACAACACAGCAGUACAUCUAAUUCAUGUCUCUGCCAUGCACAUCUAUUCAUUUUAAGGUUGUAGGGAGAUUGUAAAUUAUUUAGAAAUGUAAGCUAUUUGUCUACCUAAAAAUCACAAAUAAAAUAUGCACAGUUCUUUUCUGCA